AUGGUAGCGAGGGGGCUUGCUAUGAAUGAUGCUGAUCACAUUGUUAAAUGUGAUGUAAUCGUUGACGACAUACAUCGGAUCGAAAUCGCCACUACCACACAAGAGCUUUAUCUGCAUAAUACACCAGUUUCUCUUGUAGUAACUGCUUAUGAUGAAUAUGGCAAUACCUUCACGUCACUUGAAGGUGUACCAUUUGAGUGGCGUAUAUUUGAAGACAAAUAUGAGGAGUUCGGAGACAUUCAAGGUGUAUUAAGAUUUAUCACAUGGAGGGAGUCGGAAUAUACAACUCCAAGUACAAUGGCUUUACUUGAGUCGAAAGGAAUGCAGGGCUACAUGCAACUAAUAAGUGGUUUGCGUACUGGCUCUGCGGUCGUUAGUGUGGCUCUUCAUGAGUCGAUUUACCAAAGUGUAGUACCCAGUCAGGUUCGUCUUCUCGUUAUGGCUAAUGCCCAAUUGAGCCCAGCACUAGCCUAUCUUGUCCCAAAUUCCUUGCUGACUUUCACCGUACACGUUAUUCAACAAGGUGAUGACCAAGAGGUCGCCAUGCCAUCUUUACAAUACCACUUGCAGGUGAAUGACACGAACUUGGCUGUUCUUAACCCACUUGAUGGUUCAACUCUUAAAGCUUUAAAUUAUGGUCAAACUGAAGUUACACUUCUUGAUCGAAAUGUCGAAGAAGCCCUAGAAAAAUUGGACGAGGUUUUAAAUUCUAAAGUCGAUGAUUCAGAUCUUCGUCUGCCAAAACGAAGACGUCCAACUUCACUCAUACAGAUUGUAGAGCCAGCCUAUCUGGGUUUUACACUCAUUCAAAAAUCUACCAAUAAAAACCCAGAUAUCUGCCAACUGGCUUCAUUUUUAAACUCAGGGUCAUAUGGUAAUCAGGUUGCAUCCGGUUCUUAUAUGCCCAUUCGAAGAUGGAUUAUGGAGUCAGGGAAAGUUUAUGUCAUCAAUCUAGAUAUAUAUGAUCGUAAUAACCACCGUUUAUAUCCCUCAGACAAUCUGCGACUGUCUCUUUAUUUUCCAGAAAGCCACUUUGAGAUCUUAAAAUCUUCGUUAAAUCAAACUUAUGUCGUUGUUCGAGCAUUUUCAUCUGGUUCGGUGUCUCUCAAGGCUGUCUUGAGAGGCGUCGUAGAUCAGGACGGAAAUGUUGUGGAAUUCAAUUCAACCAUAACCGGCAAUCAAGAUGUGACCAUUUACUCUCCUAUCAAAAUCUAUCCAACACCAGUCAUUUUACCGUGGUCUACAGAACUACUAUCGUCUAACCUCACAAAUUCUAUUCCUGGUUACCAUCUACGAGCUAACGGAGGUUGUGGACAAUAUAGAUGGAGAGCUUUAUCCCUCCGCGCGUUAGAACAUCAUUCUGAUCCAGGCAAAUUACCGAACCCUGAAUUACUCACUAACACAGUUGUGUCCAUUACUAAAACAGGGGAUAUAUCAGCUCUAAAUCCCGGCGAAUCUAUCAUAGUUGCAUCUAGCUCUUCGAAUCCUCAACUUUGUGGACAUACUGUGGUUUAUGUGCGUCCACCUUCUGAAAUGAAAUUUGUAUAUGAACGCAAUGAAGUUCUAAUCCCACCUCGUCGUAAUGCUAAGUUUAUUGACGAAGAAUUAACGAGGAGUUAUCCGAAUCAACCAACAAAUGAGGAAUGGAGUAUACAAGAUCCCUCUGCCGUAGAAUUCGACUUGGAACAUUUAGCGAUAGGAUUAGCUGUUCUUGAUUCUGAUGGUCAAAGUAUGACGGAUUGCAGAAAUUUAAACAUUGAAAUUCAUGCAGUCGACUCUAAUGUUGUGAAGAUCAUUCCAGGUUUUCAUGCCCCACGACUUAAUUCAUCUGCUGAAUAUGGAUUAUUUGAUUCUAACGAAUGCUUACAUUUUUAUGUGAUCGGAGUUAACGUUGGUUUCACUGAAAUUAAAGCAAUUUACAAUCCAUCACCAGUUAACAAAUUUGAUGAAUCCGUUGUAAUUGUUUCACGUGUUCAUGUUGCCGCAUAUCGUAAAAUCAAUUUUAUUGAUCCUGUUUCUGAAAUAACUCCUGUUGCAAUAGGUUCAACUCGAAAUAUACUAGUUACACAUGGGCCGCAACCAUGGCCUUUACAGCCAUCAGAACAUUACGUCAACGUUUUUCCCCAACCCGACGCAGAUAAUGAUAUUUCAUCACUUCCAACAUUGAUUAGUGAACCGCAUUUCUCUAAAACAGUUUAUCAAAAGACUAACUUUGACAGUGAAGCUAAACCAAUUCAAAGUUAUAUGGAUCAAGUUGAAGGUCAUUUCACAAUUAUGUGCGAUGUCGCAGUCAGUCUACAGUUACUACCUGUCUUCCAGUUUCCUUCAUUACCUCUACACUUUCCACCUUGCCCAUUGGUUAACAUAUCUUCCAAUGACUGGUCUCAUGAUAAGUUAAUUUUACCGAAUACAAUCCCAACUGUUAUUCACUUAAUUUUCUUUGGAUCAGAAAGUCAAGAAUUAGAAUCAGUUGAUUCACUUAUAUCUAAUGUGGUUAUUUCUUCAAUUGAUGAUGAUGGGGGAACUACAGAGAAAUUACAAUUAGUUCAAUAUGUGAAUCCUCCUGUACAGAUGGAUUACCCAGAUUACGAUAAAAGAUCUUCCAAUCGUCCUAUGCAUUCGCGGCCUUAUUUUUUAAUUACACCAGCUAACUUUGGUCAUUCUUCUGGUAGUCUUGCGGUUCAUGUUACAGUUCAUCCAAGUUUACCUAACAGAUAUGUUCCAUUUUUACAUGGUAUUCAGAGCCUAAAGUCUAUUUUAAAUAUAUAUUUGAGUCCAGUGAUAAACGCGGUUCCUAGUCAAUUAAUUAAGUUAUUUUAUCAUCCAGAGGCUUCAUCUACUGUGGAUAUUCAUGGUGGAUCUGGUUAUUACUACCUGGACAAUUCAGACAAUCUAACAGAUCGACAUCACUGUCCAAUUCGUUUAUCUGAGAAAUUAAAUAAACCAUUUAUAUCAACCAAUACUAUACUGUAUAUCAUGCCGAGACGGACUUACGAAAUACAACCAAAACAUGUUGGUCGUGUAACAAUUCAAGCAAUUGACUUAUGCUUUCCAUCAACAAAAUUAAACCCAUCAAAUGAAUAUAACCUUAAUCCAUCACAAGCUGAAUUUAAUGUAGAUGUAAUUGGUCUUAGUGUAUUAAAUCUUCGAGUUCAUAAUCAAAUACAACUUGGUGAUGAGGUUACUGCUUUUAUAGAGGCCAUAGGUACAGAUGGAAUCACAUUACCAUCAAACAUACCGGAAACUAACGUUCCUUCAGAUUCAUUUUGGACUUGUAAUUCAUCAAAUGCUGAAGAACCUUGUUCUGGUCAAUUUACAGUUCGAGGUAUUGCUCUUGGUACUUCUAGACUAAUGGUAACUUCGAUAGUACCCGGUUUAUUGCAAAGUAAACCGAUUACUGUUCAAAGUAACGUUGUUGAGAUUCAGGUGUUUGCACCCUUACGUUUGACUCCAUGUAACUUCAAUCUUCUUCUAGGAGCGGAAUACGAACUUCAUGCAGUGGGUGGUCCCAGUCAAGCUUCAUUGGAAUUUAUUCCUGAGUCUAUCUCAAGUCGUAUAACGAUCGUUAAGACAAACCCUUCCAGUGUCUUAAUACGUGCAUCUGAAUCCUUAGGUUUGGCGAAUAUUCGUGCUCGUGCAGUAGGUAUGACAGGGAAUAGACCUUCUUCAAGUUUAGAUGAAAAGCAUGAGGAUUAUGUCAUCUAUUCAGAGACAGUUUGCAACAUUCAUAUUGUGGCGUUGUCUGGUGUGCGAAUUAGAUGCCCACUUGCUAACUUGGAUGAAAUUACUUCUCAAAUCUCUGAUUCUUCUUAUGUUCAUUUCCCAGAAUUAACUAAUUCAGAUAGGUCUGAUCAACAUUUUCUCCUUGCAUGCCCUCCCGGACGCUCUGGCGAUUGUGGCUCAACACCGUUAUGGGUUGAAGGUACACCAUACAGUCCUUAUUAUUCUAACGACCAGUCAAGAUCGAAUAUUGUUUCUCCUUUGGGAAUGGCUGCUGUCAAUCCUCCAUUACGCUAUCGUUGGCAUUUGAAUCCACCUGAACCUAACUCUAUUGUUCGUUUAGAGUAUUGGCUUGAUCGAUUCGGUGUUAAUGUGGAUGAAACUCAUUUAGCAUCUGGAAUGGUUCUUGUCGGUCUAAAACCUGGUACUGUAACUGUUCAUUUGACUGUUGAACCUGUAGAACCUUAUGCAAAACAAAUAAUUGCUGUAUCUACUGACGGUGUGUCGACUGACCGCUUACAUGCUCAACUAACAAUUGUUGUUUUAUCACGGCUUGGACUGAGUUCACCACAUCGGGAACCUCAACAAAUAAUUCUAUCACCGAAUUCCCAAUUAAAUUUGAUUCCUUGGACUGAUUUACAUUCUGACAGCAUUUUACAAUACAAGAUUUUAACCGUUCCACAUAAUAGGAAUCUAUCUUUAGAAUAUGCUAGUCAGUUGUUAACUGUGACUCCAGAUGGUAUUCUACGUGCGAGUGAUAAAUGUUCAGAGAUUGGAUCAAUUUGUCGAGUUACACUUCAAAUUCAAUCAAUGCCUAAUGGAAAUUUAGUGCAUUCAAAGUAUACACAUAAUUUUGACAGUUCAGUUAUUCAGACAUUAAUUUUGGAUGUAUUGAUUAAAGUCCCACGUUUUAUAAUAUUCUCUGUACCUCCUAUUACUAUUCCACAGAAUGAAAGAUUGUCAAAAGUAGUUGGUCUUCCUGUUGGCGGUCCAUAUAACAUUAAAAUCUCGUAUCACGAUGAGUUAGGGCGUGUAUUUGAUGCAGUUUCAAAUGAUUUCUACCAAUUGAAAGCAUCACUUCAUCGAUCAGAUUUGUUUUCUACCCAUUUUAUACGAGAUUUUAUAAUGGAACAAGAUUUUCCUGUAAAUAAUAUUAACUCAUACAACCCAGUUCGUCAUACUCCAUUUGGUUUUAGUAUACAUUCCCUGCCAUUUUCUAAGUCAACUAAUCAAAUUGAAUUCAUUCAAGAUAACAAAAAUUCACAUUGGGCUGCCUUACGCAUUGGAUUAUUGAAUAAAAUUAAUGGUGUAUCACCAAGUUAUUUAAGUCUACCAUAUAGUAAUUCGUUAGAUCUUCUUGGUUUAACAUCUUUAAUAGAAGGGCAAUGGAUGUGUUUACCAAAGUUCUCAUCAUCCACAACCCAUUCAGAUAAUACUUGGUCUUCAGUUGAUCCAUCGAUCAUAUGGAUUGAUCCAUUAAAUCAAAUAAUUUUAGCACGUCAUUCCGGUCAAGGAGUAUUAACAUUUUCUUUAACAUCUUCAUUAAAAACUUACCAACAAAUCGAAACAAUAAAAAAUACAACUUAUUCAAAUAUCAAGAGUGAACCACUUACAUAUUUACUUAAUGUACAAGUUAUUCCACUUGAAUUAUAUACAUCUGGUAUACCAUCUACAAGUUUAAUAUUUGUUGAUUCUGGAAAUAAUGUAAUACAAAGUGAAUCUAUCAUAUUUCCUAUUGGAGUUGAUCGUCUAUCACGAAGUGAAUCAUUUCUAUCAAUGUUACGUUUUCUUAUUCAAUUACCUAUCAAAGAAAGCAAUGAUAUCCCAUGCUCUAAAACAUCUGGAUCACUUUUAACAUUUGAAAAUUUCGCUCCAUUCAAAUGUCAAAUUCAAUUACAAAUAGAUGAUGAAUUUCAUAUUGAUUCUAAUUAUCGUUCAAGUCUAUUACCGAAUUGGUUCUCACAUUUACUUCUUUGGGAGCAUAAUGAAACUGUUGAAUCAAUUCUUGAGUUAGAAUCUGCUAAAUUUUCACUACAACGAUAUAUUACAACUCAAUUAGAACCUUUGUCACAAUCCUCACCAUUCCAUACAAGUUCUACACAAUGGCAGUGUGUUAUAAAAUCUCCUACAACAUGGUCGUUGAAUGUUGAUGCUAUUGCUCUGACACUAAUGCCUAAAACACGAAUGGUUUUACAAUUGGUUAAAACACAGUUAUCUGGUAAUAUUGAACAGGGAGAAAAUUCAUCAUUGAUUGCUCAAACAUCGUUACUUCCUUUGCCAGGCAUUAGGAUGCUUAUUCCUCCCUCUGUUAAACUACAAGAAGAUAGUCACAUGUCUGCGUCUAAAGAUUCUUACCAGUUUUGGAUUACUGAAACUGAUCAUUUUACUAGACGAUUAUUGAUUUUCAUUCCACCAGCCACUUCAUUUGCAUUGAAUAUGCAAGAAUUAGGACCAGACAAACUGUUAGUUAGAUCACAAUUCCCUGAAAUCUUAGAAAUUGUUCAAUCACCAAGACCUGUUCAAAGUUUGCUUGAAGUUGUGGAUAUUUACAAAGAAUACAGUCGGAGUUUUUCCUCUUCACUAGCUUCCACUACAUUGGCAUCAUAUCCUAGCAGUGUGACAACAGAAUUAUCCCAUUGGCUUCAUGUAGUUCACGAACAGAUUGGCAAAAUUGAAGAUGAUGUAGUAUCGGAUUUAAAUCCAUCCAUAUUAAAACACAAAGUCUUAUGGCUAGUACAAGUAAAAUGUAUCCCUGGUGAUUCUCCUAUUGAUACUCUGGUGAAUGUUGUGUUAAGCCUUCGUUCAACCGGUCAACACAUUGAAAUUCCUGUACGAAUUAAUCUACCAUCAUUAAAUCAAUUAAGUAACAAAGAAAUGAUAAGUUCAAAACCAUCGUUCUACUUAUUAAAUUUCUCUUGGAUUCAUCUUUUUGCUAUGAUUAUAAUUACAUUGUUUAUUGCGAUUAUCAUACAUAUUAUAUUACGCAGUGAGACAUUGAUAAGUUCUUCGAAUAAUUCAAACAUUGGAAAAUAUUCACCUGGUCCUCUACCUUCAUUAGUCAAAGGAGGAUUAAGUCGAUCACCUCCUGGUCGACAACUGUGGAGUCAAAAUUUUAUUCCUGGUGGAAGUCCUAAUACAAUGCGUCAACCAUUUUUAACAUUUGAUGGUCUUCGUUCAUCGAAUGUUUCAUCAUCUCCAAUCCAUCCACAAAAUCUUUCCCCAAACACAUCAUAUAAUACUGCUCAACGUAUCUCUCCCAGAUUUAAUCUUGGUACAAGCGGUGAUUUAGUUAAUGAUGAGAGAAGAUGGCGUCAAGCUCUUAGUGGUAGUACCAAUCGUUUAAGAGAUAGUUUCGAAGGAUAAAUCAUUUUUCUGUUCAUAUUUUUUAUCCUAGUGUGUUAUAAAGAUUUUGUUUCGAUUAUAACAUUCCUGUCGAAAAUUCCACUUAGAAUAAACAUUUUUCAUCGUUGUUAAUCUGGUUGUUGUUUUUUCUGAAUAUUACGCUUUCUUCGAACGUGCUGAUAAAAGCAUUUAUCUGUAGAUCAUAUCUAAACUGACUAUAUAUCCAU